AUGCAUUAUUCAAUCGUUAAUUGUAAAGACUUCUCAGAAGUGUCUAUAUUAUAUUCGAAGAAUAGUGAAAGUAAUGAUUUGCAGUCAAAUGAAAAUCCGUAAUCAAUCAAAUUUGAAAACUAGAGUACCAAAAGAGUAAAGAACUGAAGAAAAUGAUGAAUUCAUUCAAAAAUUUUUAAAUUAUAAGGCUCACAAUAAAUAAUUUGAAUAUAACAAUUUACAUAGAUUGGAAAAUAGCAAAUUGAAAAUUUAUAAGGAAUCGUCCUAUUUUGGUUAAAUAGCAAAUGGAAAAAGAAAUGGAAAAGGAGUUUUAAUUUGUAAUAAUGGAAGAACUUAUGAAGGACAUUUUGAAAAUGAUAGAAAGCAUGGUCAAGGAUAUGAAUAGUUACAAGAUAAUUCGAUCUAUGAAGGAAUGUAUAUUAAUGGAAAACCAGAAGGAAUGGGUAAAUUUAAUUGGGCAAAUGGUGAAAGUUAUGAAGGGAGUUGGUUAAAUGGUUUAAAACAUGGUUAAGGAAUUUGGAUAGGAGUGAAUAAAGAUUCUUAUAUUGGAGAAUGGAAAAUGGGAAGCCCUAAUGGAUAUGGUGUAUAUGUUACAGUUAGUGGAGAUAAGUAUGAAGGAGAAUUUCACAAUAAUCUAAAGCAUGGAUAAGGAAUUGAAUAUUUAUAGAAUGGUGAUAUAUAUAAAGGAUAGUAUGCAAAUGGAAAACCAGAGGGUUAAGGAGAAUAUUGGUGGAAUUCAGGAAGCUAUUAUAAUGGAACCUUUAUGAAUGGAUUGAGACAUGGUAAAGGAACUUGGAUUAAAGAUAAUAAUGCAUAGUAAUCUGAUUGUUAUGAGGGUGAAUAUGUAAAUGAUAAAAAAUGUGGGUUUGGUAUAUAUAGAUGGGAAACGGGUAGUAGAUAUGAAGGUAAUUUCUUUGAAGAUUUGAGACAUGGUUUUGGAAAGAUGUUUUGGAAUGAUGGAUCUUAUUAUAGUGGUAUGUGGGAGAAAGGGAAUCAAAGUGGAGAAGGAGAAUAUGUAAUUUAUUUGAAUAACAUUAGUGUAAAAAAGGGGAAUAGCCAAAAUUUGGUAUUUUUGAGAAAAAUAUACUUAUAAAAGAGGAUUUUGAUAAAAUAAGAAAAUAAGCUCCAUAAAUUAGGAUAAGAUAAUAUACAAGUAAAUAUAAAUGAAUAUUAUGUAGCAAGUUAAAGAAGUGUGAGAGCAAAUAGUUAUUAGGCUAAUAAUAACUAUGUAAAUAGUUAGAUAAAUUAAGUAAUUUUGAGACCAACCAGUGUAAAAUAAAAAACUUAAACAAUUUAGACUCAAAGCAAAAAUGCAUUUUAAUCAAAGAAAAAAAGACAAUUUUCAUUACAAAAAUAAUCUAUAGAUUUUAACUUUUGA